AUGCUCAGCAGUGGUAGGAAACACCAACAUGAGUAUAGGCGGGGGAGGAGGAGGAGGAGGAGGAGGGAGGAGGAGGAGGAGGAGGAGGAGGAGGAGGAGGAGGAGGAGGAGGAGGAGGAGGAGGAGGAGGAUGAGGAGGAGGAGGAGGAGGAGGAGGUUGAGUGCAAUGCUGGUCCGUUGUGUGCGGUCAUUGGUGGUGCUGAGUGCCCUGCUGCAGAGCAGUUCAGAGCAGCAGUGAGUGGUGAUGGGUCGUUGUGUGCGAUGAUUGGUGGUGCUGAGCGCCCGUGA